GAGAAAACAAAAACUGCUUGCACUGACCGAUCAAGUCAGUGAAGAAAUCAGCAGUUCCAGCUGAUUUCGUGGAAGAGGGGUCCAUGAUACCCACUUCCCAGCCUCACGUUUUGUCCGUUCAUUUCUUUCACCCCUGCGUGGGCGAAGUGCCGAUCACGAUGCUGAGGAGUUUGUGAACACUAACUUUAAUUAUUUCAGCAGGUACAAUUAGUGAAUUACAACUGCACAGCUGAAUCUGGUCGUCUGGCCGUGGUGCUGUUGUGUUUAGUGUUCAACUUCAAGUGCACUCCUGGUCAUUUUCAGCAUUCCAGGAGCCGACCUGUGGAUAAAUCUGUGAACAGUUUGGCGGGUACCGGUACUGGUUGCAGAUAUGGAUAUGGAGAACUUUGGGGUAUCUUCCAUUGUGGAUCAACAUGGAACGCUCAACUUGUCAUCACGUUCACUGGAAAACAAGUCGUUGCUGAACUGCUUGCUCAAAGUUGACACUGUGCACAUGAAGCAGCUGCUCAUCAAUAACAACUCCAUCACCCACUUUCCGGCAGGUGUGUAUGAGAGUGUGCGCCGGCUGAACUGCUCCGGCAAUGAGUUGACCAUUGACACGUGCCCGACUCUCGUGGCUUUCCCCAACCUAGAGGAGCUCAAGAUAAAGGAGAAUCAAGAAGUCACCAAACAUAAAGACUAUAUCUAUCGGCUGCUGUCUCUGCUACCCAAGCUUCGGCGUGUGGAUGGCAAGGAUGUCCACGAAACCCGAGUGUUGGCCGAGUCUGAACUCAAGUCACAGAUCAAGAAGAUCUGGGCAUCGUACUUUCGCAAGCUGCUCGGUGCCAAGCCUCAGCUGGAUGACUUCCUUAAACUUACCAAGGAGCACGCUGAUCAAAGUUUCGACACCAGGUCCCUGAGCGGGCAAUUCAAGUUAAAGCGAUUCGUCCCACUGGCUGAGCGGUAUUUCAAAGAGAAAGUCGUUGUGGCCAGUGCUGCUGCGGCAUCUCAUUCCUCAGCUCUCUCAUCACCUCUCUCCUCUCCCACUGCUACGCUGAGCACGCCGAUGAGUCCGUGUUUCGAGGCGGGCCGCGCCAUGUCCAUACGCAUCACACGUACAGUAGCCAGUCCCAGCAAGGGCAGCAGCAGCAGCAGUCCCAGCAAGGGCAGCAGCAGCAGUCCCAGCAAGGGCAGCAGCAGUCCCAGCAAGGCCAGCAGCAGCAGCAGUCCCAGCAAGGGCAGCAGCAGUCCCAGCAAGGGCAGCAGCAGUCCCAGCAAGGCCAGCAGCAGUCCCAGCAAGGCCAGCAGUGGCGGUGGCGGUGGUACUUCAAGUGACAGCACGACUCACUCAGCAUCCAGACAGGAGCCAGCACCAGCAGGCACGACAUCAUCCGUGACAUCAUCAUCCCCCACGACGACUGUACGUCGCCAGGGCACCCGCUCUUCACCGAUGCGCAGCAGCAGCAGCAGCAGUGGCAGCAGCAGCAAGCACUCCGGCAGAUCGGCGACGGGUAGCAGACGUUUGCUUGCCACACAGCGGCACACCGACGGCAGCGUGCGUGUCCCGGCCGCCACGGACGGCUGUACCAACGGCAGUGUCAACGGUUACCGUGACAACGAUGGUUGUCAUGACGAUGGUUGUCAUGACGACGGCGACACGACCACCACCACCGCUACUCAGGACAGUGAUGAUUUGGAAUCGCCGGUGUUCGCGGCGCCGUCACAACGCAAACAGCGCAAGAUGGCCACCCUGGCGAGAGAAAUACUGCGCAACGUUUUAACAGACGAUGACGACAGUGACGACGCCGACGAAGAGGAGACGACGGAAGCGGACGGCAGCACCGACAAUCAACAACACAUGCCGUCUCGGAAGAGAAGAUGCGUGCGCGCGAGCACUCAGACGCCGAUGGUGCCCACUAAAGGUGAUGCCCUGGUUCUGGAAGCAUCGGCGGCGUCAGGGUCGUCGUCAGGGGGAAUGAGAACACGCUCCCGCAGUCCGUCGCCCGGCCCAGCUAGCCAGCGCCAUACCGACAGCAAGGCUACCAACCGUCCUCCUCGUCUUGCUUCUAGCAGCGGCACUGCUUCCACUCUGCCCAUCAGCAUGACACUCAACAGUAGUGCAGAGAAACAGCACAGCACUCGGCGGCCAACGCCAAAGCUUAUGGAGUCGCACUCACCAGUCGGUGCUAAGUCUCGCAAGCGUCGGUGUCUUCUGAGCUCGUCGAGAUCCUCUCGAAGUCCGCCCGUAUCCCCACCGACAACCACCCAGGACAGCAGAACCGUCAGGCCGGUGAAAGUGACAGCGUCACGAAAGCAAGCCAGUGUGGCGGUGAUUGAUAAUGCUAGCGCUGCGCCGCGCAAAGGGAGGAAGUCUGCCAGCCAGCCGUUGGUGCAAGCGGAGGACAUGGAGACGGCAGCGGGCGAUUGGAAGUGUACUCGCUUGCUGCGUUGCCAUUCCGAGAACAACUCGCCCGACGACGACGAAACUAGCGUGUUCAACGUAUCAUUCCCUGAGUCAGGGGGUGAUGUGUUUGCGUCCGCUGGCGGUAACAGUGUGUGCGUUAUCAACGCCAAGUCCGGACAAGUGCUGAAGAAGUUCAAAAUGCCCAAGGAGACUUUCUUUUCCGUCUUGUGGACGACAACGAGUAUACGUGGCAAGACGGAUGAGCACCUAUUGGCAGCUUCGGGAGAGAAGGGCGAUAUCUACAUCCUCAGCAUGACAUACAACGUGUGCUUCCACGUCAUCACCAGCCACACUCGCACCAUUAGCUCGCUGUCCUUCAUGCCCUCACACCCAGACCUGCUGGCUGGUAGCGCCGGCCGCUUCAUACAGAUCCACCAGCUAGGCACCGUAACCGGGGACGACGAGAGAGAGCUGAAGAUGAAGAGCACUCGCGUGUGUAACUUGACAGCAUCGUCACACAUCGCUCAGAUCAGUAUAUCGGAGGACUGUCGCUCUCUGCUUGCAGCCACGCAAGAUGAUGUUGAGGUGUGGAAAUUCAGCAAGCCGUGGAAGACAGUGUUAGCCGAGAGGAAGACUUCGGAUGUACUGAUUCGUGACGGUAUAUCCCAUCGCAAACUCAGUAUCUACCCGGAUGAUCUAAUUGUGGAUUCGGCCGUCUUCCUGGCAAACAACAUGUUUGCGUCCCGCUCAGCACCGUGCGCGGGAGAUCUUGAGUUGUGCAUCCUGGAUGGCAAGAAGGUACAUACAUCCACUCUGCAGUAUCCGGAAAACCCCAUGACGGAUUUGAGAAUGUCUGCAACUUUACACGGCGACGGCAGCAGCACACUGUUGGCUGGCGAUAGCCACGGUGCCGUUCACGGUUACCGUGUCAACGGUGGUGGGAGCAAGAGAGCUAAGAGUGCGUCGUCACGGAAACCAGCCGACUGGGUGUUACAAGGCCCGUCGUGUGCCGCACUGCACGUAACCAUGCGUGGCCAGUAUGUGGUGGUGUGUCACGCCGACAACCUGAUUGCAAUCUGGGAGAGAUCAUCGCCACGGUAACACGACACAGCACGGUGUUCAACCACUGGUUGUGCACUGCAUCUUCCAGUGCUGAGGCAGCAGCAGUGUCUCCGGUGAUAUGGGUUCUCUCCGGUGAGGCAGCAGCAGUGUCUCCGGUGAUAUGGGUUCUCUCCGGAUUACUAGUAAGUAGUAGUCAUCCUUCCGGUUGAUCUGGUGCUGUGGCUUUUCAACGUGCUGACUUUCUCGGCUAAGACCGCAGCUGAGCGUAAUGAGUUGUGAUGAUGAUAGUAUACUGUAGUUCAAGGUUCAAGGUGUGUGCACGUCGCACGAUGUGUUCCUUCUCUCCGUCUGCUGCCCGUUUCGGUGCCCACAUGACUGCUGCGUGCCAGUGGCUGGACAGGAGCGCGUGUGUGUGUGUGUGUGCAUGUGUGUUCACGUGACAGAGAGCAGACAUGCGAGUGUGCGUGUGUUCAUGUGACAAGGAGCAGGCAAGCGAGGCUUCGAACCGAAGAGCCGCUUGCGCACAUACGGCACUGGAUAUCCUGUGCACGGCACAGCUACGCAACUGCCCUCUAGCCUGGCUGCGCUAUCAUGCAGGUUAACCGCUCUUCUUCCGUCGUCUACUCCUGAACCAAAACAUCAAAAUGUUGUUUGCCAAGACGCACCGAAGACUGCGGUGCGUUACUGUGCAUGUUGUGUGCAAUCCCGCUUCAUCGGCGCUGCACUCUGUAUUCUGCUUUGGUGGUUCUACUUCGAAGUAGAAUUCUCCGGUUUUACCAUCUCCGUUCUCUCUCUCACUCACUCUCUCUCUGUCUCUUCUUCCCCCCCCCCCCUCUCUCUCUCUCUCUCUUUCUCUCUCUCACUCACUCCCUCUCUCUUUCUCUCUCUCUCUCUCUCUCUCUCUCUCUCUCUCUCUCUCUCCUCUCUUUCUUUCUCUCUCCCACAUGCACGCCUUCUCUCCUCUUUUUUUUAAUUUCCUGCUCCCUCUCGCUCUCUCAAUCACUGAUUUUAUCUUUGCAGAGUUUGAGAUUUUCCAAAGAUUUAUUCCGCUGACUUACGAUACUUCCUAUAAAUGUUUUGUAGUGGGCCGCGCAGCUGCUUUUCUACCGAAACCACACGCUCAACUUCUUGAGUGAAAUCCUUUGUAUUUAUGAUUAAGGCCUGAGCCUUGAGUUCGAUGCUUUGGUGGUUGUGGUUGCCAAUAACGUUACUAAUCUUUUUUCUGUCAACACGCCACUUCUUGUACAUGUUGAGCGGCGUUUUUGGGAUGCAAGCGUUGCCAUAGUUACCAUGUGCACCCCUGC